UCCAUUGACCUGUGUGUGUCACUGACAGAAGAGGGAUGGAGAAAGUUGCAGUUUCUGCUCAGUCAGAUCAGCUCCUAGCACCCAAUUGCAAGGGAGAGCCAGAGAGAAGAGAAGCCGAGCCAGGUUAUUGGCCUGGCCCCCAGAGCCCAAAACCUGCUGCACAGAAAGUGCUGGUGCCUGUUCUAGGCGCAGUCAUUGCCCUGCUCGUUCUCACACUGAUCGUUACCACAGCUGUUUUGGCAGGGGGGAAAUCGACACCGUGUUUGGCUGCCGUCGCAUGCCCUGAAGGCUGGGUCAGGUAUGGAGGGAAAUGUUACUAUUUCUCAGAGCUGGAAGGGAACUGGAGCUCCAGCCAGAGCCACUGCUCUUCUCUUGGCGCCUCCCUGGCUGGGAUCGACACCCUGCAGGAGAAGACUUUCAUGCUGCGCUAUAAAGGUCUCCCAGACCACUGGAUCGGCCUCUGGAGGGAACAGGACCAGCCCUGGAAAUGGCCAAAUGGCACAGAAUUCAACAACCUGUUUGAAGUAAGGGGCGGAGGAGACUGUGCUUAUCUGAAUGAGAAGGGUGCUGUGAGCUCUUUAAGGUGCUACACGAGGAGAAACUGGAUCUGCAGCAAACCAGAUGUAACAAUUAAGAGAAAUGACAAUUCAGCAGGAAGGGACUAAAAUGUCUGAGAAUCACAGAAUAAUGUCACCAUUUCCUAACGACACCAUGGAAUGAAAACAUCACUUUAACAAAGACCCAAUCAGCUUGACAAAUCACACUGUGCUCAGAUCACUGUGAACCUUUUACU